UAUUUCCGAUCACGUUUAACCUUGGUGAACAAACAUGGCAGCACGCGGUCUAUCAAGAGUGGCAGAAUUGUGUCAAACGUUAAGCACGGAAAGAAAAGCGACAUAUCUGAAAAAUGCGUUGUUUCUAUCCAGUCGUUAUUUGUCUACAACAUACAGGGAUACAAAGAUUGAUGGAUCCAACCAAUCUCGCAAAGGACUUUUUGCAGUUUUUAAGGAGAAUGGUUUUACAAGAAAUCAGUUACCAACCAGGAGCUACUCUGUAACCAAUGCCGCAUUAGGCAUUGAGCAAGGCAGUGAUGAGGUGGAAGGAGCCUUUGAGAAAUUCAACAUCUCCAAGACUGUACAAGAUAACCUGAGAGCUAAAGGAAUCAACUAUUUAUUUCCUGUACAGUACACAACAUUCAAGCACACAAUAGAAGGGACAGAUGUUGUUGUUCAAGCAAGGACUGGUACUGGUAAAACUCUUUCAUUUUCCCUUCCUCUGGUGGAGAAGUUGAAGCAGAGUCCAGAAAGGUUGCAGAUGAGGGGCAGGAAACCAAUGGUUUUGAUAUUGGCACCAACACGAGAGCUAGCUAUGCAGGUCCAUGAGGAUUUUGCAAUGCUAGACAAAACAAUUAAGGUGCUGUGUGUGUAUGGGGGUGCAUCAUACAUUCCACAAGUAAAUGGACUAGAGGCCGGUGUUGACGUGGUGGUUGGUACCCCAGGACGCAUGCGUGACCUCAUACAGAAGGGCCCACUCAGUCUACAGCAGGUAGAACACGUGAUCCUUGAUGAGGUCGACCAGAUGCUAGACAUGGGCUUCCAGGACCAGGUGGACGAUAUCAUCAAGACAUGCUACACUGAAGCCAAGCGUCCCCAGACAAUGCUGUACUCGGCCACCAUGCCUGCAUGGGUGAGCAAGACUGCCAGCCGCUACCUCCGCAAGGGAUACAAGCACAUUAACCUGGUGGGGGACAAAAAUGAGCAGACCGCAACUACCCUCAAGCAAUACAAAAUGGUGUGUACGCAGCAAGAGCAAGCCAGCCUGAUUCAGGACCUUAUCAAGCUCCACUCGGGUGGAAAGCGGGUGAUCAUAUUCUGCAACCAGAAGAUUGACUGCGACCGAAUGGCCAGCACAGAUUUUGCAGGCGGAUCCCGUGUACUGCAUGGUGACAUCCAGCAGUCCUCCCGUAGUGUCAUCAUGAAGGACUUCAAGAAGCAGACAUUCAAUGUUUUGAUCACCACAGAUGUGGCAGCCCGUGGACUUGAUAUUGCUGAUGUUGGUCUUGUCAUCCAGGCAGAGCCACCAAAGGACGGGUCCAUGUACAUUCAUCGUGUAGGGCGUUCAGGACGGGCUGGGAAAGAUGGAAUGUCAAUACUGCUGUAUGGGAGAGAAGAGAGAGAAAAAGUGAUUCAGUGCGAGCAGGCUGCGAACACACGGUUUGAGACCAUGCCAAUGCCAACACUGCAACAGCUCUGGAAGGUCUGUAGCGAGGAUGUUCAAAAGCAGUUGGAGAAUGUCCCGGCCAGCAUUGUGGCUCAGUUCAGUGGUGAGGCAAAGAAGCUGAUUGACCUGUAUGGAGCCCCAGAAACUGUUGCUGCAGCCAUUGCUGUCAUCUCCAAUGCUGAACGCUACACAAAUAGAUCCCUGCUUACAAGACUUCCUGGACAGACAACUCUUUGCAUAAGGACCAAGGUGCCGGUGAAAGGUUACAGUGAUGCCAAAAGGAAAGUAAACAACUAUCUUGCUGCAGAGAAUGUGACAACAACAAACGUGGUGAAGCUGGCGGAUAGCAUGGGCAUAGUUUUCGACAUUCCCAGUACAAAUGUGGAGUCGUUCGCCUUGGAGUUCAACGAUCUGAAAGAAAGUGAAGACGAAACAUUGGAGAAACUUACUGAACUUCCCGCACUGAUGACAGCGAACACUUUCCAAAGUGAUCGAUAUGGGCAACAGGGUAGUGAUGGAAGCAGAAGGUAUGGGUCACGGAAUGAAGAUUAUAGGAGUGGGGGCUUCAGGGGGAAUGAAGAUUAUAGGAGUGGGGGAUUCAAGGGAAACAGGGGCUCCAGUUGGGGUGUAGACAGCAGGAGAUCAGGUUUUAAAUCUUGGGACAGUACAGGAGACAAUGAAGGGUUUAGAGGCGGGGAAUUUAAAGGAAACAGGGACUCUGGCUGGGGUCAGGACAGGAGGUCUGGAGUGAGCACAUGGGAUGGUUCUAUGGACACUGGGUAUGGACGCGAGAGGAGCAUGGGUGGUAAGUUUGAGUCACGGGCCCAACAAGGCUUCCAGGGUGAUCAACAGCGUGGAAAAAAGAAGGAAUCAUGGAAUGACUCAGAUGAUGAGUGAAAAGAUCCUUGGAUAUCAAGGGAACAAAGUAAUGCAGUGAUGAGGGCCUGGUGGUUUGCCAUUCAUCACACAUUCUGAAUAAAGAAUAUUGGACAUAGACAUGUAUCCUGAAAAUGGAACAGUAUAUCAGUACAUGAGUUAUUCAGGAAAUGCCUCUGAUUCAGAAAAGUAAAAAUGCUAGAAAACAAGACUUUAGUUUAACCGUUGUACUUCAAGACCUGUAAUAAUGUGCUGUCUCGCUCAGUACUGGCUGUUUCUGUUCUAUAUAUAUGUAUUGUGGCACAAAAUUAUUACUUAAGGUUUUUGUAAAACAAAAAUAUCAAAGCAUCAAUUUAAUCCAUCUAUGUAUGUAUAGUUCAUAUAUAUGUUCAUGUGAUUAUGUAUAGUUCAUAUAUAUGUUCAUGUGAUUUAGUUAACCAGGUUUUCCGAAGAAAAUAAAAAAGGUUAUUAGAUUGGCGAAUGUUGGCUGGCAGGCGGCCGGAAAAAGCUUGUCCGGGCCAUAACUAUGUCUUUCAUUGUGAGAUUUUAAAAUCAUUUGGCACAUUUGUUCACCAUCAUUGGACUGUGUGUCGUGCGAAAGAAUUACGUCGAUAUCUCCAAGGUCAAGGUCAAGCUUUGAGUUCAAAGGUCAAAAAUGGCCAUAAAUGAGCUUGUGCGGGUCAUAACUAUGUCGUUCAUGGUGAGAUUUUAAAAUCAUUUGGCACAUUUGUUCACAGUCAUUGGACGGUGUGUCGCGAAAAAGAAUUACGUUGAUAUCUCCAAGGUCAAGGUCACACUUUGAGUUGAAAACCUUUUUUUUUGGACAAUUUUGUCCCUUGUUUGUCAUUUGUUCAAGGAGAAUUUGAGAAAAUUUAUAUGUGCUGUUGUAAGGGCAUAUAAUAAGUCACUACAUUGAUAGAAAAACUGUUUCACUGGCAAUAUUUAAUGUUUUCUCUGAAAUAUAUUAUUUACAAUUUUGAACUUAGAAUCUGUAUUCCCUAUAUUAAAAUGAUAUAUAUAAAGGACAAGUUUAGUAACUCUAGCUUGAAAUUAAUCAAAUUUGGGGCCAUUUUAAACUAAAACAUUUGUACCGGUAUACACAAAAUAGUCAUGUUAAUUAAUCUUUCUUGGAGGGCUAGUGAACCUGGAAGUGCUUGAUGUAUUAUUCAAAUGUGAAGCUUUUAUUACCCCAUAGACUAAGUUUGGUAGCUCAGUUUACUCUAGUAUGGAAAUUGUCAUAGUAAAGGGUCUUUUUUUAUUUUGAAAUGGUACAUGUAGGCUUUAUCAACAAGUUCGAGCUAAUUAAACUCAAAUAUUUUCCCAAGAAUUUAUAUUCCUUGUACCUAUACAAUUUUUGUCCCAAAUCCAUUGGCAUUGUGAAUGUGAUAGGAGGUAUCAAGGUAAAUUUCACUCUACAAAUAGAAAAAUCAAUCUCUCUUAAUUUCUUAAUAACAAAUUGAAUGAUUGUAAUGAAUCUCCAUUCAGUUUCACCUCAUAUUUAAGGUUAUGGUUUUAAAAACAAAAAUAGUUUCUGAUUAUUUUCUCAAGAAAUAAUUGAGCUAUUGUUGGACAAUUCAAUAUAUAAAAUCCUUGCCUCCAGACCUUGUUAGAAAUGCAUGGGGCGUGCAAGAAGUCAAUGUCGCUAUUUCUAAAAAUAUAAAAAUGGAUUCCCAUCGUUACUCAAACAAACAGAGUUUUUGUAAUGCAACUACAUGAACAGAUGUGUUCCAUCAAAACUUCACUUGAGAUUGCGUAUCUGUGUAAUCGUAGAGAUGGAAAGCAAUAUAAUAUUAUUCACUACAGUUUUACAGGUUCAAAAUGUCUGUGAAUAUUGAUAGAAAAGAUCUCAAUACUGAUGUGACAAUUUAUACUGGAACUGAUUAAGAAAAUGUCUGUGUUUGUAUUAAGGAUAAUAUCAAGGGAAAGAGCAUCUUUAUUUGUUGUGUUUCACCGCAGAGGACGUCAGUUUUGCUUGGUAUGCUACCAAUGCCUUGCUUCUGUUAAUAUUUCAAUUGAUGAAAGAUUUUGUUGUUUUGUGUGUGCUUUUCAUUGAAUAAAGCAUAUUUAUAUUG